AAGCACCCGGAGUGGAGGGAGUUAGUUGCGCUUGCUUGUAUUUACCGCGUCUUCAGAAAAUUAGAGGGAGAAUGGCCACGCGAUCUCUAUGGCGCAGCCGGGCGAAGCUCGCGAUUGCAGCUUCUGCGAUUUUCACUGGUAGUGCUGCAGCUACCAUCGCCACUUCCGAAGAUCCAGCGACUACUCUGAAGCUCUGCACCACUGUCCCUGUCCGCCUCGCUCGCGAUACCAUAACUGCCGCUUCCAUUGUCUUUGAUUAUCAAUAUUCAUUGUGGGGACUACCAGAAGGAAGUGUGGAGAGGUCUAAAGUCAAACAUAAGGUUCACCUAAGGUCCGCACAUAAACUUCAGGAACUAUGUUUCAAAAAUGGGGGAAUAUAUAUCAAGCUUGGUCAACACAUUGGACAACUGGAAUAUUUAGUUCCCCAGGAGUAUGUCCAGACAAUGAGGGAGUCAAUGUUGAACAAAUGUCCAGUUUCUUCAUAUGAUCAAGUGUGUGAAGUAUUCAAGCAAGAGCUUGGAGAAACCCCAGAUAAAAUUUUUAAUGAAUUUGACCCUGUUCCAAUAGCAAGUGCAUCACUAGCUCAAGUUCAUGUUGCUCGGACAACUAAUGGCCAAAAAGUUGCUGUGAAGGUUCAGCACAUUCACAUGACAGAUACUGCAGCUGCAGAUCGUGCUGGUGUGGAAUUGAUUGUGAAUACCCUACAUUGGUUUUUCCCUUCGUUUGAUUACAGAUGGUUGGUUGCUGAAAUACGUGAAAGUUUACCCAAGGAGCUGGAUUUUUUGGUUGAGGCCAGGAAUAGUGAGAAAUGUUUGGAAAAUUUUCAGAAGCUAUCUCCUCACAUUGCAGACUAUGUCUAUGCACCAAAAGUUCAUUGGAAUUUGAGUACUUCAAAGUUGUUAACAAUGGAAUUUAUGGAUGCUGCCCAAGUGAAUGAUGUGAAGGCCAUUGAAAGACUUGGAAUUCAACCUACUGAAGUUGCAAAAUUAGUUAGUCAAGCUUUUGCAGAGAUGAUGUUCAAACAUGGUUUUGUUCACUGUGACCCUCAUGCUGCUAACUUGUUAGUUCGCCCUUUGCCUUCUGGUAAAAGGAGCCUUUUAGGCAAGAGAAAACCACAAUUAAUUCUCUUGGACCAUGGACUGUAUAAAGAACUUGACUUCAAUACUAGAUAUAAUUAUGCUUCGCUUUGGAAGGCAUUGAUACUUGCUGAUGCCAAGUCAAUAAAGGAAAAUAGUGUUAAACUGGGUGCUGGAGAGGAUCUAUAUGCACUAUUUGCAGGAAUUCUUACUAUGAAGCCCUGGAAUAGGGUUGUUGAUCCAGCUCUUGAUCAUUUAGUCAUACAAGGCAAUGACAGUGAGCGCUCAGAAUUGCAGAUGUAUGCAUCUCAGUAUUUCUCUCAAAUCUCAGAACUCCUUAGGAGGCUACCACGUGUGAUUUUGCUAAUGCUAAAGACAAAUGAUUGUCUACGAGCAGUGAAUAAUUCCCUGUUGCAGGGAUCUUCUCUUGAGACAUUUUUCAUUAUUGGGAAAAUUUCUUCCAAGGCAGUUCUUGAGGCAAAGAAGUUACAAAGGAAAUCCUUAUUAUGUCAGGUACAAGUAUGGCUGGAAGAAUUAUUGCUGGAGGCUCGACUUUUGGGUAUGCAUAUAGCAUUGUGGCUUUUACAACUCAGGAGAGCUUUGACUGGUUUAACCUACAAGUAACUAUAACAUAUUUUCAAGGACCGAGCUUAUUUUACCAUUUUUUUCCCCACCAUACGAGCGCCUAUUCUUUGUCUCCAUACAUGAAUGCAAUAGCCUGCAGGCGUUGUUUUGGACAGAGGUUGAAACGUUGAUAUUUUUUUUUGGUGGGAUUGGGCAGUGAAAGGGAACAUAUGAAUGUUUGUAUUACUUCUUUUCCCUUUGUUGAUUACUAGCUAUCAGUAGUAGCUUAAUUAUUUGUUGUUC